AUGAUUCUGCUUCCCGUCGUCCUCUCCUGGAUUGGCCCGAUGGGGCACGGAGGCGGCGAGGAGAGCCCGAGCCUGGAGAAGUCGGCAGGCCCCCCCCUCGCGGCCGAUGCGGAGAGGCCCUCGAGCGCGUUAAAGGACGGCCGCGGUCUCUCUGCGCCGUCUGCGCCGGGGAGCUUGGAGCAUCCUUCGGCUGACGAGAAAGGCUCUCAGCGCCUGCCGUCUCUCCUCACGUCCGCGCGCUCGCGAUCGGAGUCCUACAAUCCUUCCUCCGCGGACGCCAAGUUCCAGGCCGUCGACGCGGCGCUCGGGUCGCGCUCGGCGGCAGCGGCCCGACUGCAGCAAACGUCUCCCAGGUUUGGCUACGCAUGCGGCGCGCCAGCUGGGGGCGGAGCGAGAGACGCAGGCGAGCUCGACGGCCCCGUGCUCACCAUGGCGGACCGCGAGAGUCAGGGCGAAUUCCGCUACGUUGUCGACGCCGCAGGCAACCGGCGCUGGCUGCCUCACCCGCGCGCGGCCUCACUGCCCGUCGCGCUCCCCGACGGGCGCCGGCUGGCUUCACUGGAGCCGACGGCGCUCGGUCUCGAGGACGCGCGGACGCGAUCGCAGCCCGCAGGCGUCCUCCGCUGCGGCGGCCUCUCGCGCGCGGCAGCGCUCUCUGCGGAGGGCGCAGAAGACGAAGAGGGGGUCGCCACAAUCGACGCCACGCGUUACGCCCUUGAAGCCGAAGACGAGGCGGACGAGCCCGCCGGCGCCAGCUGCAUCAGCAGCCCGCUGGACUAUAGCCCCCGGCAGCAGCGCGAGAGGCAGUUCAAAACGCACAGAGGCCGGCGGUUGCUUGGCGGCUCGACGCCAAAGCACUUUCGAAUCUCCGACGACCGCGUCGCGCCAUUCUACAGGGCGCUGCCUCACGGCCCAGCCAGUGGGUCGUCUCACCCGCAUGAGGCGCACUCAGCCGAAAGGGAGCUUGAGGCACGCGCUGCACAGGCGCGCGCGUCGGCGCCGGCGACUCUCCCGGGGCCUCGCGGGCUCCAGGCGCCCGCGACGAAGAGUCAGAACUCUGCCCCGGGGAGCGGGCCGGGCAGCGCCGCGCCGCGCCUGAUGAGCAGUCACGCCGACAGCUGCCCGCUGGCGUCUCGGAGCGCCUCCCAUGGGACGCGGCGAACGACGCUCGCGAGCGCCCGACGCGCCGCGACAACAGAGAGUCGGCACGCGAGACGCGCGGGAGACCUGGAGAAGGACGACCGUGGCAGUUCAUCAGGCACAGCGCUCGCGGCUCGCGCUCACAUGCAGGACCCGUCGGGGUGCGACGCAGCGGCAGGCGGUCAGGGCCCGCUCAGCACGCGCCCCGCGGAAGAAGGGGGCCUCUCGUCUGCUGGCACCGCGCUUCCUUCUCUGCCGGCGUCGGCCGCGCCCUCUUCGGAGGUCUCCUCGCAGCCGGCGGCCUCCACAGAGCCUCCGCCCAGCGCCUCGCUGCCCUGCGCAGGGGCUUCGAGCAGCGUCUCUCGAACGGGCCGCCGCCUCUCAGAGAGCCGCGCGCCUGCGGCGGCCUCGGUGCCGCUGCACGGAGGCCCAGGGCCCGCUUCCACCUCCACCCUCCUCUACGGCGGCCAGCCUGUGAUCACCGUUCGGAAGGGCAUCGGCCUCGUGGGGUGCCCGCCUGGAGGCGGCUCGCAGAAGAUGGCAAAGCCCCGAGGCGCGGGAGUCAUUGCCCCUGGCGGCCCCCGCGCGCCCUCCUUCCCGCCGCAGCGCUUCCCGACUCUCUACGCGAUGCGCACUGCCCGCCCCAACCUGCUGCCCAAGCGGCGCGGAAGCUGCGGCGAUCCCCCCACGGGUGCGGCCUCGUUCAGAGACGACGCGAGCGAGAGGCGACUAGCAGGACGCAGCGCGGCGCUCGGCACUGGCGGUGCGCGGCGGAGCCACUCCACCAGCAGCGUCGCAGGACAGGCAGAGCGGAAAAGGGGCAUGCAGUCGGACACUGGCGCAGACGGAAACCUGCCCCCCGACGUCAUUCACGCGUCAUCGCUGCCGUCCACCGCCAUGCAUGCGUCCGAGGGCAUCACCGCCCACGACGGAGUGCGUGCGCGGAAGGACGACAGUCACGCCGCGCUUCGCCCGCAGCUCGUGACCCUUUCGGGCUCCUCGGCGAGCGCGUCGCUUCUGCCUCCGCCAGCGAGCCUCUCGGCGCAGAGUGGGUCGAGUCAGGCUCCCAGUUCACCGGCUUCGGCUCUGUCUGCGCGGCUUUCGAAGAAGAUUCCGCAACCCGCGCACCCGUCUGCCGCCUCGCAGGCCGCCGCGUCUGCCUCGCUGCUGUACCGCUCUCAGUCCGCGCAAGCGAAGGCGAGCAUGGAGAGAGGCGCUGUGGGAGGUUCGGCUGCGGCCCGACGCUGCAGCGGGGGGGGCAACCUCAUGGCGAAUCGCGGCCGACCUGACCUCGGCGGCGUCGCCGAGAGGCAAGCGGAAAUCGCCGAGCCGCGCGAUGCCGGGAGAGAGCAGAAGCUCUGGCGCAGCAGCAGCGCAGAGACGCACCCGGCCCCAUGA